UGACGGCGGCGGGCGGCGGUCGUCGGGGCUGCGCCCGAGCGCGGCCGGCGCGACACCGGCUGCAGGAGGCGCAGCGCCCGCGCCGCGGCGGAAGCGGGUGGUCUGGCCGGCGCGGGUCUGCGGCUGCGCAGAAGCCGGUCCUGCCCCGAGGCUGCCCCCGGAUCGCGCCUGCGGCGCUGUUCCCCGCCCCCCGAGGACGAGCGUCCAGCGUCUGCGUGCAGACUGAGGCGCGGGGCUCCGUGCCCUCGUGCUCCGGAGGGCGCGUCCCCUGCGUCGUGCACUGAGCAAACUGAAGCUCCGUGGCCGUGACCCCCGCGCGGGAAGUGGGACGUUUCUAGGCCACUUGGGGAGCAAAACCACAUCACGGGCUCGGGCUGUAGGUCGGGCGAGACGGGGUUGCCUCACGUUCCAUCUCCUUUCUGCCCUCACGCGGUCGAGCGGAAGCCCUGGGCCGCUCUGCGUCGGAGCCUUCGAGCCCUCUCCGUGCUGCCCCCUGGCAGCCAACGCGGAGGCUCGGCGGACGGGCCCUGGAAGCAGGGGGUGCCCCGGUCAGGGAAGGGCUCAGAGGGCGGCGCCUCCGCGCAGGUCACUAGCAGCACCGCGCGCGGUCCUGGACGGGAAACUGACGCACGGAGGAGGAAAGAUGCUGAUAGAGGAUCCAAUUACCACUUGUCUUUCUCCCUCUGUCUAUGAUAUGAUCUGUAAACUCGGGUUUGAAGUCAAAGACAGUUGUGAUAUCAACAGCAUUGUGACUCAGAGGGGUGAAGUAUGCUGGCAGACAAUCACAGCCUGUGUGGUUUAUACAGAAUCAGCGCAGAGUCUGGAUUACCGGGGAAGCGUGAUGCUGCUGGGCCCCGUGUGUGCGGCUGUCCACUCACACUUGUUAUCUCUGACCAAGGGGCAGUUUGAAAUUCGAUACAUGCCGUGGCUGCAGUGGACAGAUUUUCCAGAGUUAUUUCCUGAACUGAUUGAUGCUCUGGAAACCCCUGGGGCUCCGGCUCUUCCUCUCGGCUUGAUGAAGCUGACGGCGUGUCUGGAACGGGCUCUGGGCGAUGUAUUUUUACUGAACGGGAAGGAAUGCCCCUUUCUUUUGAGAGAUCUUCUCGCAUCUGAGGAGCUUGCUGAGGUCUUUGGACGGCCUGUGAUGGACGUGCUCAAAGUCUUCAUCGGAUCUCCCUGUGGCCUGAACCUGCGGAACAUCCUAUGGCAUGGCUUCGCGUCCCCUCAUGAAAUCCCCCCAAAAUCCUGCGCGUUUUGCACUAGAUACUGUUCAGUGAUGAUACUGUUGACGGCGGGACUGGGCCAGCUGCUGGAGAGGUACUUGCAGCGAACGGAGGCUGUGCUGGCGUGCCGACCUCUCGUAGCCCUUACAGGCCUGGAGGAGUGGGCCGUUUUCCCCGAUGUCACUUCUGAGGUACUUUCCGUGUUAGAAGAGGUGGUGAAGAAAUCCACUUUCGUAUCGAAGGUCAUGUUGCCGUACUGGGAAGCUGCAUUAAUCAGGUUCAGAUCACACAGGUUUGCUGACUGCGCCAUGUUGUUACUGACUCAGCUGGAGACGGGACUCAGGAGAGUUUUUGCCACCGUUAACGAGUGUCCGGAAAGACUUCUGACCGCUGAGUCAACGGCUCUUUAUACCACCUUCGAUGAAAUAUUGGCAAAACACUUGAGUGAUGGCAAAAUCAAUCAACUCCCUCUUUUCCUAGGAGAGCCUACAAUGGAGUUUCUGUGGGAUUUCCUGAACCAUCAGGAGGGUCCCCGUCUGAGAGACCAUCUAAGCCACGGGGAAUUCAACUUACAUGAAUUUCCUAGAGAGGCAACAACCCAGUUGCUUGCGUUCUCUGUUGUGCUGUUACUCAGAUUCACCGAUGAAGAUGUGUCAACGGCCUUUAAGGAAAAGGCAGCAAUAAAGUCAUUGGUCGCUCUUGCAGAGGGCUACACUGCUCACUUCCACCCAAUUUCUCAGCUUAAAAAACAGACUUGCUGUAAAGUCUGUAACACCAGUAGGACAUCUCCCUCUCAGGUGCUGAGCUGUGAGAAGAGCAUCAGGGUGUGGCCCCUCCUGCCUUUGCCCCAGGAGGCCGGGGAGGCAGCCAGAUUAGAAGGUACUUCCGAAGCAUGUGCCUGUAAGUCUCUAAUCACAGAAAUCCUGCGAGAGCUGUACCACCACCUGCCUGAGAGCCACGGUGCUGUCAGUGACGGGGACGGUCUUCCUGCUGAGACGUGGCCCCAGCUGAUCCGGGAACUCUGCGGCACCCCCGUCCCCACUCUGUUCUGUCCCAGAACCGUUGUGGAAGUGCUGACCGUGCUUCGAAACAUCAGUGCACAGUGUGCCCGUGUGUCCGGCCAGGUGGUGGCCUCUGCGGGGCUGAGACACCAGCAGUGGGUGGAAAGAAGGCUGCGCUCCCGGCAGCGGCAGACCUACCUGCACAUGCUUGGCAGUAUUAAGCUGCUGUCUCCCGUGCUUUACCUGAUUUUAUUACUGAUUGCACUGGAAUUGGUCAACAUUCACGCAGUUUGUGGAAAGAAUACUUCGGAAUAUCAACAGUAUCUAAAGUUCUUAAAGUCGAUCUUGCAGUACAUGGAGAACCUGGUGGCUUACACCAGCCAACAGAAGAACAAGUGGAGCGAAACCAUCGCUCUUACCCGCACAGCUCUGCUGAAAAUUUGGGCUUUCAGUGAGAAGAAACAAAUGUUAGUACAUUUAGCCAAGAAAUCCACGAGCAAAGGAGUCUUAUGAGAACGCAUACCGUCAGGAUGCUUUCGGCUACAUCUGGAAACCCAGCCCAGAGAGGCUUUACCAGCACGGAAAUUGAAAAGCCGAAGGUAGGGUGGCUUCCAGGGUGUGUUUGAUCAGGGAUCAAGUUCCGUUUCCCUGCAGCUAUUCCGUGUAUGUGUGAACCUCAGGCUGGGCCCCCCCCAGAACCAAAUGGCUGCAGCACCUUGGCGCCCACCAUGGCACAGUGUCCACAGGAGAGGGAGCUUUUCCCCCGCAUUCCAGACACUUUUGGAAACAGUCAGUGUGGGCAGGACCCUGCCUCCUGCUCCCCCUGGCCCAGCUGCAUAGAUGCCGCUCCUGAGCCACCACCGGGGCACGGAGAGAGAGCCUGGGCCAGCGCAGCCUCAUCCCUGGAGCUGAGAGUGAGGUUGGACGGUCCAGAUGCCACGGGACAGCUUGGGGAGGGUGUGCUGGGCAGACAUGGGUGCCAGGCAGCAGGUUUGCCCUUCGGUGUGUGGCCAGGGGAGCAGGGGCCCUGGCAUGUGUCUGGGUCUGAGGCUUUCGCCCGGCGCAGGGAGAGCUGGAGGACUGGGGGUCGGGUGCAGUCGCCUCCAUCCCGCUCGGAGAGCCAGAAUCUGCGAUUCUCGGCUCUCGGAGCCGCUGCAGUUGCCUGGAACAUCUGGGAAGCACGUGCCGUCGUCUCGGGGGUGGCAGCCCUCAGGACCCCAUGAGGCUGCCUCAGACCUCAGGUGUGCUUGUGCACUAGGCCAUGCACAGCAAGUUGUGGCCUCCCUCCACCGUCCAGACCUGCCUCGCGGGUUCCAGCCCACAUCCGGUCCCAGGAACGGCUCCACCGUGUGUGUUUCUGGCUUCUCUGCUGUCGGAGAGCAGGGCCAAGGAGACCUCAAGGGGAAGGGGUGGUGCUGCGGGACGACACACUCCAGCACGUCCCAUCUAUCGCUUUGCCAACUCCACCCCUCACCCCCUUGUAAACCAAGCUCCUGGGUAAGGACGGGGCACCGAGCCUCCACCCCCUCUGUGCAGCCUCCCCUGGGGCAGGAAGCGGCCCCAAACCCCACGUGUCCAAGCCGCUGCUCCUGGGACACGUUCUUUUGCAGUGUGGUCACGACCUCCCUUGGACAGACUAAUCUCGGUGAUAGUUUAUGGGCUUAGCCUCUCUACCCUCCUGCUGUUGGAGCUAGGAUGGAAAAGGGGAAAUAAAGAAUGGGUGCACUUAC